AGGCGACUUCGGCUGCUUCCAACCGCGGAAGAGGAGGCCAGCCGCCCAGCUCCCUUCCCCGCCCCGCUUCUGGGCCCUCCCGUCUCCCCGAUCAACCGGGGAUCGGAGAGAGAGUGACCCUCCAGGGCCGCCCCUCUUCCGUCUCCAACUGGUCUCCCCGGCCCGUGCGCUUUUGCGCAAGGAUCCCUCGCCGCGCCCUGCUCCGGCGGCUUCCCCUUGGCUAACGCCCAGCGAGGGAGGAGUUGCUCUGCCACGGACGGGCGGAGACGGGGGGGUGCCCGAGCGACGCUCCUGCGCCGAAAAAAAACCCUUCCCUUACCCUCCUCCAGUGUAAAGAUCGGGGCCUUUUUACUCCGUCCUAGGCCGAGGGGACGCUCCGGGCGCAGGGAAUUUGAUUGCUUGGAUAAUCAACCAACAUGUCAGAAGAGUUCAUCGUUCCGAUUUAUUGCACUGGCGUCUCAGCUCAAGUCCAGAAGCAACGGGCCAAAGACCUGGGUUUGGGAAAACAUGAGAAUGCAGUCAAGUAUUUGGCUCAGGAUUUUGAGACGCUCCGCAACGAAUGUCUGCAGAAUGGGAGUCUCUUUAGGGAUGAAACCUUCCCAGCUACAGCCUCUUCGCUGGGUUUUAAAGAACUGGGGCCAAGUUCUUCAAAGACCUACGGGGUCAAGUGGAAACGCCCAACAGAAAUGUGCCGCAACCCCCUUUUCAUCGUAGACGGCGCCACACGGACCGAUGUUUGUCAGGGAGCUCUGGGGGACUGUUGGCUGUUGGCUGCCAUUGCGUCGCUCACGCUGAAUGACCCCCUUCUCCAUCGCGUGGUCCCCCAUGGACAAAGCUUCCAGAAUGGAUAUGCUGGACUCUUCCACUUCCAGAUUUGGCAGUUCGGGGAAUGGAUCGACGUGGUGGUGGACGAUUUGCUCCCGACAAAAGACGGGAAGCUGGUGUUUGUCCACUCUGCCGAAGGGAACGAAUUCUGGAGCGCCCUCCUUGAAAAAGCUUAUGCCAAGGUGAACGGCUGCUAUGAAGCCUUAUCCGGCGGAAGCACCUCCGAAGGCUUUGAGGACUUUACAGGCGGGGUUACCGAGUGGUACGAUCUGCGGAAGCCUCCCGGCGAUCUCUUUCAGAUCAUCUUGAAAGCCCUGGAGAGGGGGUCUCUCAUGGGCUGCUCCAUCGAUAUCACCAGUGCAUUUGACAUGGAAGCGGUCACGUUCAAGAAGCUGGUGAAGGGCCAUGCUUAUUCGGUCACCGGAGCUGAGCAGAUCAACUACCGAGGACAGCGCAUCAGCCUGAUCCGGAUGCGAAACCCGUGGGGAGAGGUAGAAUGGACGGGAGCGUGGAGUGACAGUUCUGGAGAGUGGAAUGCAGUGGAGCCGGCUGUGGGGCCGCAGCUGAGGGUGAAAAUGGAGGAUGGAGAGUUUUGGAUGUCCUUCCAAGAUUUCCUCCGCGAAUUCUCCCGUCUCGAGAUCUGCAACCUCACCCCCGAUGCGCUGAAGGCUCGCAAAUUCCGAAAAUGGAACACCACGCUGUAUGACGGCACUUGGAGACGAGGGAGCACGGCUGGGGGCUGUAGAAAUUUCCCAGCCACCUUCUGGAUUAACCCGCAGUUUAAAAUCCGGCUUGACGAGAUUGAUCAUGAGGACGAAGAUGGGCGGAGAGAGCCCGGGUGCAGCUUCCUUUUGGCCCUGAUGCAGAAAAACCGUCGCCGGGAGCGGCGGUUGGGCAAGGACAUGGAGACCAUCGGCUUUGCCGUCUACGAGGUGCCUCCAGAGUGCAAGGGGCAGCCUUCGGUCCACCUGAAGCGGGAUUUUUUCCUCUCCAACUCUUCCCGGGCCCGAUCGGAGCAGUUCAUCAACUUGCGCGAAGUCAGCACUCGUUUUAGGCUGCCCCCAGGUGAAUACAUUGUGGUCCCUUCGACUUUUGAGCCCAACAAGGAAGGAGACUUUGUACUUCGCGUGUUCUCAGAAAACAAAGCCGGGACCGUGGAGAUGGAUGAUCAGAUCCAAGCCAACCUUCCCGAUGAGAAAAUUCUUUCGGAGCGUGAAAUUGAUGAAGGCUUUAAACAGCUGUUUAAACAGCUGGCAGGGGCUGAUAUGGAGAUCAGCCCACGAGAACUGCAAACCAUCCUCAACAAGAUCAUCGGAAAACAUAAAGAUCUACGCACGAAAGGAUUCAGCCUGGAGUCCUGCCGAAGUAUGGUGAACCUCAUGGAUAAAGAUGGGAAUGGAAAACUCGGCCUGGUGGAGUUCAAUGUCCUUUGGACUAAGAUUAAAGAGUAUCUGGCAGUCUUCCGGAAGUUUGAUUUGGACAAGUCGGGAAGCAUGAGUUCCUACGAAAUGCGAAUGGCUCUGGAAUCUGCAGGUUUCAAACUAAACAAGAGACUCUAUGAACUGAUCAUCACUCGCUAUGCAGAGCCCGACCUGGCCCUGGACUUCGACAACUUUGUCUGCUGUUUGGUGCGGCUGGAAACCAUGUUCCGAUUUUUCCAAGCCUUGGACACGGACAAAGACGGGAUUGUCACGUUUGACUUGAUUAAGUGGAUACAACUGACCAUGUUUGCCUGAAAAAAAGAUACGGAUCACGUCCCGUGCAACUCUGUGGACUUUUCAUCUCCCCGGACAUUUUGUUUUGAAAAUGGGGGAGAUUCUGACCUGCAAGUGCCUUGCGUUAACGCUUUUUCGCCGCUUCUGUUCCAAGGAGAAGAAACACACAAACAGACACACCCCCACGCUUCCAACUCGGAGUUGUUCCAUUUCCUGUGUGGGCUCCUACCGGCACUGGGGGACCUGAAUGCAGCUUCAUUUCAAAUGUCUGUCUUCACACCUGGUGUGAUGCUGCUCGGGACUCGCACAGCGUUUGGCCAAACUCACAAAACUGCCUUGUCUCUCACGCCAACACAGCAGCACUCCCCAAGUUCACAAAAUUGGGGGGGGGGGUACUCUUGGCAAGGUGGAAUUACAGGUAGUCCUCAAUUUACAACAAUUAAUUUAGUGCGCGUUGAAAGUUAUAGGCGCUGAAAAAAUAGGGACUUAGGACCGUUUUCGCCCUUAUGACUGUUGCAGAAUCCCGCAUGGUGAUGUGGUUUAUAUUCGGAUGCUUGGCAACCGACUCACAUUUAUGACGGUUGCAGUGUCCCGGGAUCAUGUGAUCCCCUUUUGCGACCUUCUGAUACGAGGGGAGCCAGAUUCACUUAACAACCGGGUUACUGAUUUAAGAACAGCAGUGAUUCGGUUAAGAAAUGUGGCAAGGAGAGUCGUAAAAUGAGGCAAACCUUCGUUAGCCAUUUUCUCACUUAGCAACAUAAAUUUUGGGCUGAAUUGGGGUCGAGGGCUACCUGUGCCUGGAAAACUCUCUCUUUUGGGAACCGCAAAAUUGUGGACAAAAAUGUAUAUUUAAUCUUGCUGCAGACGUUAAGCGAGGACGAAUCGG